AUGCUUAUAGUUGAUCCCAUGAAGCGGAUGACUAUUCCUGAGAUACAUGCUCAUCCCUGGUUUCAAGCUCAUCUCCAGCGCUAUUUGGCUGUGCCACCACCGGAUACAGCCCAACUGGCAGAAAAGGAUGUUAAAUCUGGAUUUUUGGUGAUAUUAAAAUUUAUGUAUGCUGUUCAAUUUCAGAUUGAUGAAGAGAUUCUUCAAGAGCUGCGAAGCAGGGUUCAGAAUGAGGGAACUGUUACGUACUAUUUGUUGCUAGACAACCGGUUCCGUGUUUCUAGUGGCUACCUUAGACUAUUCAUGAUAAAUAAAUGUAGCCGUCUUCCUGAAUAUGGGUACAAUCGGACGAAUCCUAAUGAGACUAUAGCAUCUCCUGUUGGGCGGGCGAUAGAUUAUCCACAAUUUGGGGGGAGCAGGUAUCCGGUUGAUCGGAAAUGGGCACUUGGACUCCAGGUUAAUCGCCGUAUAUCUUUUGCAUUUCAUUCUUACAAAUGUGAAAAAAAGAGCCACUAUUAUUACUUCACCAAGAAUAUGAUCCCAACAAUGGUUUAUGCUGCCUAUAGAGAUCGUAAUACUAUUGUUAUUGUUUCCUACUGCCCCCGGCAGCUGACAACUAUUCAUGUAUCCAUCUGUUUUGGUUAUUAA